AAGAACAAAAAUGGAUCAAGUCGUGAAAUUUGUUGAACCAGGCCGUCAAUUCGCCAAAGAUUCCAUUAGAUUAGUUAAAAGAUGCACUAAACCAGACAGGAGAGAAUUCCAAAAAAUUGCUGUUGCCACUGCCAUCGGUUUCUGUAUUAUGGGCUUCAUUGGUUUCUUUGUCAAACUUAUCCACAUACCAAUCAAUAACAUUAUUGUUGGAUCAUAGAUUAUUUAACUCUAUUUAUUAUUAGUUUAAGGCAUGGACUCUAUAGAUGUAAAUUCAUAAUUUAUACAAAUCGUUUUUGUAUCAUCUUUCCAUUUCAUUUGGUUGAAAUAAAGUAAAUAUUUUGUACGAAUUGUUUUCAUUAAAAAAGGAUUAAAUGAAAGAAGGG